UCCAAUGGCGAUGAGCGCGCUCCCAUGGCGCCCUGGCCGAUUCCAUGGCUCGGCCGCCUCCUCUGGCGCUCCGAUCCAGCCGGUGGCGACGGCGAUUUGGCCGCGAUCGCGGAGUCCACGCGCAGAUUUGUCACGCUGCUCAAGGCGCCGGCUAUUCAAUCGACGAGGGCACCGCCAGGUCUGGUCUAUUUGCUCGCAUCCGAGGCUCUUUCCGAGCGAUCGGCGCUGGAUGCCGCGGAGGUCGUGCGCGCGAUUAAGCCGGGAGCGGUGGUAGCACAGGUAGGAAAUGGAGAUCUCGCGGGUCUUCGGUCGGAGGAGGAGAGUGGCAAGGAGAGGAUUCCAACGAGUUCUCUGGCGGUGAUCGGGGCUUGUUUCUUAGAUAGCUCGCAGCGCAAAAGCUUCGAUAGCAAGGCAGGGGUGGAAGUUUUGCGGUCCAUCUUUGGAACUACGUAUCACGGUCCGGCUCUUAGCGCUAAGAACGCUGCGAGGGAGGCUAGGUGUGCGUUUCUUUUCCUCGAGACGCCGAGCACAGGGAAGAACGAUGCGGGAAAGAGUGACGCUGGGCGGAUUCGCUUCGGGCAAAUGGUGGUCACGCCAGAGAUUGCUGCUAGAGUCUACGAUGCAUCCUCGAGUUUCCAGGGACUAAGUUUGUGCCAGAGUUUGAGAAGCGGUGAUGAGAUCGUUAGACAUCAUGGCGACUCGCGCGAGUUUCCGGCCUAUGCUUCGUCGUUCUACGCUCUCCUGGUCGAUCUACACGACGCGUACCGCGAGCUCCCGGGGAUGAACACGGCACUGGCGCAUGCACGGAGUUUGCUCUUUGACGUUGAGCAGGGAAGGCCUGUGGAUCAAACCGAGCUCGCCGGGGCUCAAAAGUUUCGCCUCGCGGUGGAGGGUCUUCGGAUCGCACUCGCUGCCGCCGGUUCUCGAUCCGACAGUAGCACCAGACGCUUCCGGAAAGCUCCAAAGUUUGAGGAGAUGUCCGGCGCGGAUCAAGGUGACGUUCUUCUCGCCCAGGCCCUCCAGGAGCAAGCGAGAGCUCACGGCUCGGUGGUGGCGGUGGUGGACGCGAGCAGCAUAGCCGGUAUUCGCCGGCAGUGGAACACGGCCGUGGCUCCGGACGUCCGAGACCGUGCCCGUGAGUGCUUCGUAGUGGAAUUCGACAAAGUUGGCGAUGAUGAUGGUGACGAAAACUUAGAGAAGAAGAUAGUUGGCUCCGGUGGUGCUGUGGCCGUGGUCGGGAUCGCCUCGCUCCCCUGGUGGGCUUCUGCGACGACUCCCUUCACCAAGGUUCUAGUUCUCAAGGCCCCGGCCUUCGUCAAGCUCGGGCUCGUUCAGAUCAAGAGAAACGCGACGGUUGUCAUCGCAAAGUCGGUCACUCCGCUCCUCACGCCAGGCAAGGCUUUCUCGGCGGUGGUGAAAUCGGCUGCCAGUGCCGGGAAGGCUCGAGCCGCUGCUCAUAGCGUGGUGGCUACUGCCGAGCGAGCGACGCUAUCGGCGAUUCGAACAGCGUUUUACUGCUUGAUGAGGAAGAAGCAAGGGAUGUCGAGUGGUGGAAGGCCAUGGCUGGUGCUGGGAGGAAGUGUAGCGGCUGGUGCUGGGAUUUUGUGGAGCGGUGACAGGCUUGAGUCGGCCAUCGAGGUGGCUCCGGCGGCUCCGAGCGUGGCUCGCUUGGGACGUGGUUUGGAAAACUUGGAGAGAGCUUCCAGGUCGUUAAGCGAGAGCCAGCCACAGCGUGUAUGGGAGGAUUUGUACAAAGUGCUUCACAAGUAAGUCAGGGAGUUUUGUUUAUCACUCUGGACAGGUUGAUUGAUCGGAACAUUGGAUGAAAAUUUACAACUUUACAAAGCGCGGAGGUGCUCAAGAACAGCAGUUUGGCUUGUGCUGCAAAACCUGUCCUCUGAGUGGGAUUGUGGUGGGCUUUGCAGAGCUCAUCGACGGCUGGCUCGCCAUUCUACACAGGAAAGAAGAGAAAACGAGAAAAAGAAAGAGAGAAGAUCAACACCAACGUACCUGUUUUUGAUCUCGGCAGCCAUGGUCAUGAAAGCUUGCUCAACGUUGGUAGCAUUCUUGGCGCUGGUCUCUAGAAACGGGAUUCCAAUCUCAUCCGCAAAGGCCUGUCACGAAGAAAGAUUUUUACUUUGUACAGUAGACGGAAAGAAUAAGAGAUUUUGUCACCUUGGCAGUUUGGUAA